CGCUCUCCCAGGACCCCGCCGCGGCCAUUUGAGGGACUCGGUGGCGGAAGGAGACCGGGAAGAGGCCGGGAAAGAGCCGGGAAGCGGCUGCAGAAGAGCCCCCGAGGAGACCGGGAAGGGCCGGGAGGGGCCCGGGGGGAGCGAUGUCCGCGGGGGGCGCGCCGCAGCCCGCCCACGCCCUGGAUCUGCUCCCGUAUUCCCGGCUGAGCCCGGCGCCGCGGGCCGGAUCCCAGCUGGAUGCCGUCGGCGCCGAGAUCCCGUCGGAUCCCUGCACAGGGUACCGCUUCUUCAAGCCGGGGGGUUUGUUCGGGAUGAAGCCGCCGGAGGAGCCGUUCGGAGCCGCGCGGACGGGCCCGGAGGACUCCAAGGCUCUGGGCAGCCCCUGCGCCGUGGAGCCUGGGCGGGUGAGCAAGGUGGAACCCGAGGAGAAGCCCGGGAUCGGCGCCGGCUCCCUGGAGCUGUUUCCGGCCGCGGGCGGCAGCUCCGGCCGCUGGUUCCCCGGCGGGCAGCGCGGCCCCGAGCCCCCCCGGGACCCCCCGGCUCCCCGCGCCGGCUGCUGGGGGGCCCAGGGGGGCGUCCCCGGCCCCUUCCGCUGCGCCCAGUGCGGGAAGGGCUUCCGGCAGAAGCAGAGCCUGGUGACGCACGAGCGCAUCCACACCGGGGAGAAGCCGUUCCGCUGCGGGGACUGCGGGAAGAGCUUCAGCCAGCGGCCCAACCUGCUGACGCACCGGCGCGUGCACACGGGCGAGCGGCCCUUCCCCUGCGCCCAGUGCGGCAAGAGCUUCUCGCAGAAGGCCAACCUGCUGGCGCACCAGCGCAUCCACGGCGCCCACCCCGACGAGGGCAAGGCGCGGGCGCGGGCGCCGGCGCGGGGCUGCCCCGAGGACGCGCCCUUCGUGUGCCCCGAGUGCGGGAAGAGCUUCCGGCAGAAGCCCAACCUCAUCACGCACCGGCGCAUCCACACGGGCGAGCGGCCCUUCUCCUGCUUCCUGUGCGGCCGCAGCUUCAACCAGAAAACCAACCUGGUGACGCACUACCGGGUGCACACAGGUGAGCGGCCCUUCGCCUGCGCCCAGUGCGGCAAGCGCUUCACCCAGAAAACCAACCUGGUCACGCACCAGAGCACCCACACCGACCUGCGCCCCUUCCCCUGCGCCCAGUGCCACAAGUGCUUCAAGGACAAGGUGUCCCUCAAGGCCCACCAGAAGACGCACAUCCCCCGCCAGCGCCGCUGCCCCGCGCGCGGCCCGGGGCCGGCCCUGGGCUCCUGCGCCCACCCACAGUGA